CUAACCGUUGCUCACUGGAUGAUUUUUAUCGCGAUGCUCCACGCAUGGACGAGUCGAUUGCCGCACACUUUUCUUUACGUUGUCGUGGCUGUGUCAGUGUUGACAAUACUCGCUCAUGCGCAGCGGGAAAUCGCCAAGUCAGCCGCGAGCGAGCCACGAAAGAGCGGCGAAUCCAAAUCGAGACUUGAUGAAGAGCUGUUUAAGAAAUUAUUUGCUCAACGACGAAAAGAUCACAUAGAAGCCGUGCAAACUCUCUUAAAGAUGGACAAUUACGAGCGUCUGUACAAAAUGAUCGCGAUGCUAGCUGAGAAGGUAGUCGAGAUCAUUGAAUCGAGUAAGAGUGUCCUCGAGAAGGCCGGUUUCCUACAGUACAAUAGUUCCUUUCCAGAAGAUGCCAACGUUAAAGAUGCAUUGUCUAGCAUUCUGGAGAACAUCGCUCUCUUCGGAGACAUCGUGCUGCAUUUGCCGGACAUCACUCACAGAAUACUGAGGACACAACCGGGAUGGAACUCCACAAUAUACUGGUCCCUGAAUUUCGCCAAUCAGACACGGUAUUUACUGAAUAAAUCGACCAUCACGAUGUUUCGUUUGGUCGAACAGGAGCUGAAUAUUACGGAACGCGAUCCGGCCUACUUGAAUCCGUAUAGGAGUGCUGCGCACACCGUCCAGCGCGAAGAUUCUAUAAAGAAGAAGUCUGUGAAGAAAGAAAAACGCAAAAAAGGACCGCAGAUUGCUAAAAUCGAACUGUGAACCCUCACUUUUGAUGCUCGCGAGAUUUCUCUGACCGGUUCCUAAAUCGUUAAAAAGCGAGCUCUCUGCGACGCUGCCCCGCUGCGCCGUUAAAAUCCCAGAGAAUAUCAAUAUCAUAUCUGAUUCUAAGGGACUGAUUCUAUAACUUUUAACGACAGUCGUUGAUGUCGGUGCGUAGAU